GACGGCACUGUCACUUUUGACUUUGACACCGACCAAAUUUUUAUUUAUUGUUUUAGUUUCUACAAUUUUAUUAUGUUAAUUUUAUUUUCUAGUUGUUUGUUUAGUUGAGCCGGUAUUAUUACAAUAGCUUUAUUACAGUCGUAAUUCACCUGAUUACCUACUUUUGUAGAUAUAUUUUAUCUUUGUGUCUUCAUCGCUUAUGUAGCUGCCGAUUUGUAGGGUAUGUUACCAUCUUUAAAUAUGAAAGUAAAUAAAAAACAUCUGGCCAUCAAAGGCCAUUAUUUUUUAUUUAAUGCUGGAAUAGCCCCGCUGGUCCCGUUUCUGUCCACAUAUGCCCGACACCUUGGGCUCUCCGCAGCCACUGUGGGAGCCAUGUUCAUGAUACUGCCAAUAAUGAGCCUUAUUUCCAAACCACUGUUUGGAUAUAUUGCUGACAGAUAUAAGCUACAGAAGGCGGUGUUCCUAAUCUGCCAAGUGUUGCUGCUGGUGUGUUUCUCGGCCGUGUACCUGGUGCCGGUGCGCACGGCGGGGUCGGUGGAGCUGGACUGUGGCGACGGCGCGUCGGUGCUGCGGGCGUGCCCCGCGCCCGGCCCCUCCGCCCCCGCCGCCGCCGCCGCCGCCGCCGCUGCGCUGGCUCGGGACGACGCCACCGCGCUGUGCCGGAUGGAGUGUGACAUGGACUCGCCGAGUAUGUGGCAGACGGUGUGCGAGCACUGGCACAUCCCCGAGUACUGUUACAGCGCUACAGACAGCAUUCAGUUUGACGCGCACAUCAGCAACGUUACCGUAGAAGAUGACCACUGUGCCUACUUGAAGACGACUAACGUCACUCUUGACGAUGUGCCGUUGGUGGCGCGGUGCCACGCGGGCUCGGGCGUGGGCUACGUGGACGUGGCCGCGCCGUGCCGGCUGGCGUGUCCGGCCGCCGCCGCCGCCGCCGCGACGCUCACUUGCCGCGACAACUGGACCGCCUUCCGACAGUGCGGCGACGCGAGUGACGCAGCCGGGACUGCUAAUACCACUUGCCAGGCUUCAUGCACACUAGACCCCGGCGCGCCGUGGCGUCUCAUGGAGCUGUGCGAGGGGUGGCGGGGGGACGCGGCCGCCGCCUGCCGCCCCCGCACCCCUCUGCGCCGCCCCUUCCCCCGCCGCCUGCCCUUCACGGCCGCCGCGCCGCUUAAUCUCACCAUGGCUGAGCAUGACUGUGUCUAUCUGAGGGUGCAUCACAUACGGAUGGAUGAUGGCUCGGUGCACUUCCCCACAUGCGCCGCGCCGGCGGGCGGGUCGCUGUUUCGCGCGCGCUGCCAGAUCCUCUGCGACCAUCCACUGGCCAACGAGUUGUUUGCUUGGUCCGCGGGCGGCGCGGGGGCGGGCGCGUGGCCGCUGGGCGCCGCCGCCGCGCUGGGCUGGCUGGCGAUGGGCGGCGUGGUCGCCGUGGCCGACGCGGUGUGCAACACGCAUCUCGUGGAGGCGGGCGGGGCGCCGGCGGGGCGGGCGUGGGGCGCGACGGGGGCGGCGUUGCUGGCCGCGGCGGCGGGCGCGCUGGGCGACACGGGCAGCGGCGGCGGCUACACGGCUUCCCUCGCGCUUCUGCUGCUGUUCCUCACCGCGGCUGUGCUCUGCUCGCUGCCCAUUAGGGUGAAGCCGGCCCGAAUAUCCGUAGACACGACCCCACACUCAGGCCCGUUGCUGACCCUGCCUUCCAUUGUGUACUGGAGCUGGGCGCUGGCCGCGGGGGCGUCCCACGGGCUGGCCUGGUGCUUCCUGUUCUGGCGGGUGCAGGACAUGGGGGGCUGGGAGGGGAGGGGAGGGGCUACUCUGGGGCUACUCAGUGCGGUGCAGACGCUGGCCGGCGGCGUGCCCUUUGUGAUGCUGUCAGGCUACAUACUAAAGCGCUAUGACCGCUCGUGGCUGCUGUCUCUCAUCCUCGUAGCCGGCGGCUUGCGGCUGGCGGCGGCGGCGCUGCUGGCGGACGCGCGCUGGCUGCUGCCGCUGGAGCUGCUGCUGGCGCCGGCUGCUGGCGCGCUGCACUGGCGUGGCAGGGGGGCGGUGGUGUUGGGGGAUGAUAGUCUGCAGGGUACAAUCGCGACAGCUCUCGAAGCCAUCGGCUCAUCACUAGGCAUGCUAGUGGGGGGGGCGCUGUACGCGAGGGCGGGGGCGGGGGCGGUGUUGGGGGGCGGGGGCGCCGCCGCGGGGGCGCUGGGCGUGCUGCUGGCCGCCGCCGGCCCGCUGCUGGCCCGCGGGCGGCCCGGUGCACCGCAUCAGGGGUACGCGUCGGUGAUCAAGUACGAGCAGACCGACACACUGCACAUAGUGGACAACAUCGACGCACUGGACACACUGGACACUCUAGACAACUCGGAGCCGGGCGCACACACCAUCAGCCACUCGUGAUAUUAACAUUACUACAAUUAUAUACAAAUUUACGCUUAUUUUUAAGAACAAAGACAAUAUUUUUAUAAUGUUUUGUAUAUGUAUAUAAAUGUUGUUUUGAGGUAAGGAAAUAAACAGGGAAAUUUUAAUAAAAUGUUUAUAAAUAUAA